CCUCAAGGAGGUGGUGGGAAGGGUGUGGGGGUGGAGUGAAGGGAAAGGAGGGUGAAUAAGCAAAUCCUUGAAGGUAGAAGGAACUCAGAGAAGCCUCUUUGAAAACCAAAGACAGGGCUAGUGGUUGCACUUUGCUCCAAACCCCAAAGGUUAUCCUCUGAUUCGGAUGCACUGUGGCCUGUUAGGUCCAGGUCUCCAGUGCCUGAGCCAAGUGGGAAGGGAAGUCGAUUUGGAGACGAUGAAAGAGGAGAGCUUGUGCCCCGACUCUCCUGAGGACAGCUUGGAGACCAGUGAGGAAGAAAGCGAGAAGAUGCCAAAGAAGGGCCUCCGCAAGAGAAGCCAGCUGGGCAAGCCCUCCUCCUUGGCCCCAUCUGCCCUUCCCGAGUGCAGCACCCCCUCUCCACAGGGCAAGCGCAGCAAGCGGAGCCCUGUUCCCCAGACCUUUGAGGACAUGCACACACAGAGGGUGAUUGCCAAUGUGCGAGAACGCCAGCGCACCCAGUCCCUGAAUGAUGCCUUUGCUGAGCUGCGCAAGAUCAUCCCCACCCUGCCCUCGGACAAGCUCAGCAAGAUCCAGACCCUCAAGCUGGCCUCCCGCUACAUCGACUUCCUCUACCAGGUCCUGCAGAGCGAUGAGCUGGACCACAAGAUCUCCAGCUGCAACUACCUGGCUCACGAGCGGCUCAGUUAUGCCUUCUCAGUCUGGAGGAUGGAAGGGGCCUGGUCCAUGUCAGCAUCCCAUUGAGAUACUCAGCCAGAAGGUAAAUCUUUUGACUACAACGUCA